AUUUUAACUACUUCAAUGUAGUUGAUGUGUUUGUAGUGUAGCGUCACGCGCUGACUUGCUACCAAUAUCCCAUCUUAUUCAAUUUUGUCUGUUGAUCAGGAUCACUGAUCAUAUUUUACAAAGCAUCGUGAUAAUUGCAUCAUAAUAUUUUAUAAUGUUUUACGCAAAAUAUGCAAAACCUACUUCAAACGGCUUUUUAAAUUACAGUCAUUGUAAUUUAUGUUUACAUUUAAGUAUAGCAAUGAACCAGAUUGUUCAUCCUUUUUUUAAUAUUGUCACUUUUAUUCCAUGUAAGAUUUGAAUAAAGACUAUACUUUCAAAGCAUUCGCUUUGAAAUUGAACCAUAUUUUAAAUACAAUACUUGAAUGUAUAUUAUAAAUGUGAAUCUGCUUACUAUUGUAUGUAUACAUAUAACAGAGAAAUGAGCUUAUAAAUAAAGCUAAAUCGGAGAACCGUUAAUCAUAAGUCGGCCAACUGAAUCCGUCCACCUGUUCGCAUUAAGUACUCUAUCAGUACCCAGUGAUCGGUAUAGCUUAUACCAGUGAUUGAAUGACUACAGUUCUGUUAACAUUCUUCCCUUAGUUAAGUACCCCAAAGAACAUUCUAACACAAAAUACGUACAAAAAUAUGCAUUUGUAAUGCUGAGUAAGUGCACAUGGCUCAGUCAUGUCUGUUUUCUGUUGGUAUCCUUACUCCAUUCCCUAGAAAGUUCAAUGACAUCACCACUAUGAACUCAGUUACACGGAGUAGGUUAAUUUAAUUCUGUACUCGUCAUUCAAGACAUAAACCCACCGUAAUAUUAAUGUCUUACGUUACAUACAUAAUGUCAACAUGUCCGCUACUCGACAACGAAUGUUUACCAAUAAAAAUCUUUUAUUACUUGUUCCACAUCAGAAUUCAUUUUCGAUUAGACGCUAAGAAUAUUAAGUUUUCUCUACCGAAAAGUAGACUACGAAAAGAACCAACACCGACUUUCGCUCGUUUAUAAAAACAAAGUACAAUUCAAUUGUCAUCCGCAAAUCACAGUAAUUUGUCGAAUUAUGACAAUCAUUUGUAAAACGGGACACGUUUUACGCCGAAAAAAGCCAUUAAAAGCGAAGGUAGAUAAUGUGAUUCACGAUCCAGAGGUUUGCUCGCUAUUAGCGAUAGUAAAUCAUCCGUCGAGAGGUUCGGUGUUGCGUUUCUACGAAAGUCGAUCUGUAAAGCGAUUUUUUGUCAUCCAACACGCGAACGAGCCUGCACAAUGUUGUACGCUAGAAUUACUUUCGGACUUGUGUUUGAAAGUGAAAUUGAAUCGUGCUGAAUCGUGUUUCAUACGUUACCCUGGGAAUCGUACUCGAUGACCAUAACGAGAGCUUUUGUCGUCACCAGCAUUAAUUUGCAUACGCUACGAAAAUCUAUGGGAACGACUGUCGUUCAUUAACACUUGCUCGAAUUUUCAAAUUUCAUUUAUUUGAGUGAUUAAUGUUGAUCGUGUGCUUGAAAUAAGUGUUAUCUAUAUAAUAGUUUUAAUUGUGGUCUUCGAAUUUUCUUUUUGACAAGACUCAUAUUUUGUACUGUGAAUAUUACGAAUAGAAAUACAAUUAAUUUUAACUAAUUUUUAAGGUAACUCUAAGUAAUUUUUAAAUGAUAAAUAACUCUAAUAUUCUAUUGUCAUUUUUGUUAUAUAUUAUUAUAAUAAAUUAUUGUUUCUGUUAGCUUUGCAAUAUAAAUGUUACCCUAUUUAUUGUAAACCUAUCGGAAUUAACGAAAAACGGAUAUCUAUUUGAGCGAUGAUUUUUGUGCGAAUCGAACAAAAGCGCGAAGGCAGCUUUUCUUGUUUCAGCGUGCCGCUAACAUGAAAUUUCGCCAUCAUUUCCGCAUUCUCCGACUGUGUACCAUGGCUUCAGAUUACGCUAAAGAAAAACGCGCAUUUUUAGAGUAAUUGAUCAAAGACAACGAGGACAUGGAUACCCUCAUGCGCAAUAAUCAUAAUCAGGCUACAACCUAAAACCCAAUAAGAUGCAAGACCCUCUGAAUUUAAAGAAGACGUAUUAAGAAUGCGGAAUGUUGAAGCAACGCGCUUGGAGGACCGUCUCAAAAACGGAAUUCGUAUCUUGAAAUGUGACAUCAUUUUUCGUGAAUUGGGAAGUUGGGUACUUCACAAAUUAUGUGGAGGAAAUCUUCGCUGAAAAGUGGAUGUUGCAUCAUAUCACGACACAUGGUAACAGAUAUCCAACCACAUUGCAGAUAAAGGUCACAAUGCACGGCAUGACAAAAAUGGCCAACAACGAGUCACCGAGACGAUCGAUUGGUGGUUGCGCGUGGAAAGGAAGAGGUGUCUCGACCCGAGCCGCAAGUUCAGAGUCGGGGCGCGGGUUUUCGCGCCCGCUGUUCUUCCAGGAAAGUGGCGCCUUUCGCGUUACGAACGAAAGAGGUCGUCCGAGGGGGGAGAAGGUUCGCGGGCCGAAUGUGGAGUAGAAUCGCGUUACGGGGGCUGAGUAACGGAGCGGGCGCAGAGUAGAGCGUAUCGCGUGUCGUCGACGAGCGCCGUUCUUCGCGCGGAAUACUCGCAUCGCGGUGCUCGACGAGUGGUCCGCCAGUCGCGUGCUGACCAGCCGACAGUGUGCACGGAUAGGACGCUAUGACCCGCUGUGAUCGCCUGUCCCACGCUUCUGUCAGGCAUCGAUGACAGAAAAUCAUCGCCAAACGCUCGACGAACCAGUUCAAGCCGAUCCACGUCGCUCGUCCUGGCGAAAAUCGUCGAAAAUCCUGCGAGAAUAGACUCGACUCGACCUAGGAACUUUGAUAUUUAUUCCAGUGAAGUAGUUGGUCCACGAACUCUCGAGGCUCUCGAUGAGGAAGUUUCUUCCCUUGGUAGCGCGUCAGUGAACGAUCGAUCGAUCCAGAAUUGGUCCUGUAGUUCGCAGUUGUUGAAGUUUCCAGUGAUCGAUCGGUGCGAUAAGUCUGAGAGAGGACUGUUAACGCGUCGCGAGAGGAAGAGCGUGCGUGCACCGAUCGCGAUCAAUCGGCCGUCGUCCCCCGCUUGAUGAGUCGCGCUCGACCGUCUCGGAUCUGAGGAUCCGAUCGACGUCGAAGAGGCGAGCAUUGUUCGUUGAGAGAUCGCCCCCGAGGGACCAACCGACACGAUGCUGAACGACAACGUGUGGAAGCACAGGCGGGUGCCUGUUCCGAAGAGGACCAUCGAGCUGAUCGCGCUGAUAGCGAUCUCCAGCACCCUCUUUCUCUUCUUGCACACGAGGGAACUGCACUCGCGCCUGCGGAAGAUGGAGGUUCGCCUCCAGCCAGGGGAGGACGAGAUGCUGCCGGAAAAUCAACUCUCAUACGAGGCAGUCCAAACAGAUUCUAGUCCAAGUGGAACCGUCCACUAUCUAAACGGACAUCGCACCUUCGCAGUGAAGUACAACAAACCGGAAGUGCUGGACAUUGACGCGCUAAACAAUACGAAGAGGGCGGGCAGGGAGGUAUUGUUCUUCAAUCGUGUGCCGAAAGUGGGCUCCCAGACCUUCAUGGAGCUGCUGAGGAGGCUUUCGAUGAGGAAUGGCUUCUCCUUCAACCGAGAUCGCGUGCAAAGAGUCGAGACGAUACGUAUCGCGCCGAUCGAACAGCUCCAACUUGCCAGAAUGGUCAGCAGCUACUCAGAGCCAUCCGUGUACGUGAAGCACGUGUGCUUCACCAACUUUACAGAGUUCAACUUGCCUCAACCAAUUUACAUCAAUAUAGUGCGGGAUCCCAUCGAGAGAGUGAUAUCCUGGUAUUAUUACGUGCGAGCCCCUUGGUACUACGUCGAGAGAAAGCAAAUAUUUCCAGAUCUACCUCUGCCGGAUCCCAACUGGCUGAAGAAGGACUUCGAGACCUGUGUACUUAAGGCGGACCGCGAAUGCAGAUACCUGGAGGGUGAAAUUCACGAGGGGAUCGGCGAUCAUCGCCGACAGACGCUCUUCUUCUGCGGGCACAGCGAGAAAUGCACUCCAUUCAACACGGUGGGUGCUCUGGAACGGGCGAAACUGGCUGUGGAGAAACACUAUGCGGUUGUUGGCGUACUGGAGGACGUGAACACCACUCUCACGGUGCUGGAGAACUACAUACCGCGAUUUUUCCAGGGCGCCACCGACGUCUACUAUGACGAAGUGAACUCAUUCAAGAGAAUCAACCGGAACUUCUUCAAGCCGCCAGUCACCGAGGAGGUGAAGGAAAUGGUGCGCAGCAACUUUACACGGGAAAUCGAGUUCUACCAAUUCUGCAAGCAACGGCUGUACAAGCAACUGAGGGCCUUGAAAUUGAACAAGAAUACCCUGGCGUUGGGAAGCAACAAUUUGUAGAUUGGACUACUCGUUCUUGUCCAAAUUGACGAAGAACGUGUAAACAGGUCGAAGAAGAAUGGUUGGAACUCUCCCCGACCGUCUGGAGAUGAAGAAGAAGAAGAGAAACUAUUUCUUCGAGAGCUAAAGAAAGAAAAGGCAACGUUAAGAAAAGGUUAAUCGAACAGGGUUUAAUUUAGAAAGUUCAUCUGUCUCGGUAAAUUGGUUUUCUGCAUUUGCAAAGGUACUUGAAUGAUUAUUUUUCUCUGAGAGAUCCUUCGAGGCAGAUUCAAAGAAUUGUUGCACUCGAGAAAGAAAUACUUCGAGAGCUCUGCAAGCACUCGAGAACAUCUAGAGAAGAAGAUCGGAAAGGAACCCUGGAGAGGGUUACUUGAGAAAGGGAUGGCAACAUGACACGAAGAUUAAUCGAACGAGGAUGAAUUUAAAAAUCUUAUCUUACUCUACUCGAGUCGAAAUUUGAUUUCUGUAAUUUUAAAAGGGUUACUAGUAAUAAAUGUCUUUUCCAAGCGAAGAUCCUUCAAUGCCAAGGACUUCUUGAUCUUCAGAAUAAAUCAAGUUGUUCAGGAUCACGAAAAAGGAUCUGAGAGGACAAGGAUCAACGUUUCAGUGAGCCAAUUUUUUGAUUAAGCAAUAUAAAUCGAGUUUCGCAAGAGUGAUUCGAACUCGAACUCGAACGGGACACUCGCAGUGCCGUCUUCAUUUGUGAUCGUUUUCCUAUGCAUAUAUAUAUAUGUGUGUGUGUAUCGUGUAAUUUAAGGAUACAGCGACGCGAUCGCUGGAAAAUUAAUUAGACCCACGAAUAACUACGAUGCGAGGCAUUAGCUGUAUUUAUUUAUAUUGUUGUAAAGCCACCGUUUCGUCGCCGUGAAUUCAAGUGUUCCUGGACACGACACAGCACUUUUGGAUUGUUUCUUAGUAAUUCUAAACUUCAAAGACUGACCAGAGGGACAGCAGACACUGCUUUUGUCGAGGGGUACUUGAUUCUAAUCGCGACGCAAGAAACACACAGGGUAACCGUAGGGUAUACUGCUUUUCAGGCAGAGAUAGGCAAAAUUCUUAUCCAGAAAAUACAUCGAAUAACAAAUGAAAGAUGAAGCACAUUUACAGUCGUUGGUGGUUCCAUAUAAAUUAUAACUUGAAACUUUCAUUAUUUAAUCGAACAAACGUCGCGAAUAGAUCAUUCGAAAAUUCUGGAAUCACAAAUGAAAAGCUAACAGCUUUUUCUUUGUAUGAAACGAAAACUUGCCUGAGUGACUAUUUGAUUAAAUAAAUCGUCACUUGUUAUUCGAUCAAAAUGUUGCCCAUCUCUGUUUCUCGGCCGUCUUUUUUAACAUCGAGUUAAGCCGUUUUUUUAAUGUCCACUUGUUUCCAUUUUUUUCGUAAUAAACAACUGCCAUUUCGAAUGA